UGAAUGAGUCGUUUGAUCGAACCUAUCCCAAACGAAUCAGCAAUCUCUGUCUUAGCUCGUCUAAGUUUUAUAGUUUUAAAUAGGUGAACGUUAGCUCAAUAUAAAAUAAUGGGUAUCAAGGGCUGUGAAGUGCAAUUGGACAACCCAUGGAACACGUACUACGCUGGGCAAACUGUCAACGGUCAGGUGAAAAUCACCUUCGAUUCGCCCAAAAAAGUACGAGGCAUUAUCAUACGUUUCUUGGGCGAAGCCAAUACGGAAUGGACUGAGGAACGUAAUGUGACGACGAGCGAGGGCAAGACUGAGAACGAGAUCACGAGCUUGAAGGGACAUGAGGAGUACUUCAAAAUACAAUACUAUUUGCUCGGCGGCAAAAACAGCUCAGAAACUGAGCUACCGCCGGGCACACACACGUAUCCUUUUACGUGCGCCUUGCCUCCGAAUUUGCCCUCAUCAUUUGAGGGGGAAUUUGGACAUGUGCGCUACACUAUUAAAGUGACUUUGGAUAGGCCAUGGAAGUUCGAUCAGGAUAUGAAAAUGGCAUUUACUGUCAUAGCGCCAGUUGACCUGAAUCUUAAUCCGCGUGUUAAGGAGCCGUUCAAGCUGGAACUAGAGAAGUCAUUCUGUUGCUUCUGCUGCCGCUCCGGCCCCCUUACUGUGGUCACAAGCAUACCACAAACUGGAUACGUGUCGGGUCAAAUACUGCCCAUUACCUGCGAGGUGGACAAUACCAGCAAUGUGAAUCUCACUGCUGUUAAAUUUGAGUUGCGCAAACUUGUCACGUUCCAUACGAAUCAACCGCGCAGCGAGAAACGCGAGUCCAAGGUGAUCAUUGCCCAAUUGAGCGUUGGGCCUGUCAAUGCCGGAGAGUCUCGCACGUUUUCACAGCAAAUGGAAAUACCAGCCCUGCCGCCAACCAAUUUACUCAAUUGCGGCAUCAUCGCUUUGGACUACGAUUUGCAUGUCGAGUGUGAUGUAAGUGGACCGCAUCGUAACCUCACUGGCAAAGUGCCCAUCACAUUGGGCACCAUUCCGUUGGCUUCCGUAAAGCCACCAGCUGAGGAUCCGUCUCUGGCACCCACACAGCCGGUGAGUCCAGUCAGUCCACUGGGCGACGGUGUAGGCGGUGCUCUUGGAUGGAAUGUGGCAGAUAGUGCAGGUGGGGCACUCUACCCCAAUAUACCGCCGCCCCAGUUCGUAGAAACGGAAUACCGCGCACCAAAAAUUACCGGACGGGAUGAUUCGGAGCACACACAAAUCAUUGGAGACAACACAUUCGCUCCGCGCUAUCCAACAUUUCAGUUUAAGAACGCAACAGCACCGGCACUAAGCCCCUAAGUCUUGUCUGGAAUCCAACCGCUUCUAAUUUGUUAAUCUGUCAUUGCUAUUCUAUAUCUUCGUUUCACUUUUCUUUUUUUUUUGCAUUUAUAUGAAAGCUUUCCGUCCGUAAAGAAA